AUGUCCUUGGAUUAUAUCAACAAUCUGAUUGAUGGAGCAUCGGAAGAGGUCCGAAAUGCCUAUAACGAGAUUGUUCAAAUAACCGGAACCCCAGACUUCUAUUACAUUCCGAAGAAGCAGCGAUUCAUAAUGGUCAACGCAGUGGUCGAGGAUCUGAGCGGACAACAUCAGGACGAGCUCAUGGAGCUUAACUUAAAAGCCAAAAAGUAUUGCCGAAGUUUGAACGUUGACACUCCGCCGUACACUCUUGGAAAUAUUUUGGGAAGUCGUCUGGGAAAUGGAGCCAUUCUCACGAAAUAA